AAUUGCAUUUAUUAACUUUAGAAGUGGACGAUAAUUGUUGUUUUGUUUUAUUCGGAUUGCCGGCAAUACAACUUAGAUUACUAACUCUUAAUACAAUUUAUAACGCUACAAGUGUUCAAAUACUAUACUAGGAUGUCUUCGUCCACAACAACUACUUCCAGUCCAACGGACAGCUCCAAUGGCUCACUGGCAAUCUCAUACGGUACACUGCCCCCACCUCUCGUAACCGGAGCGAAUUCGCAGAAACCGUUCACGCUUUCGGAGCGCCUAAGUUUCGAGGUUUACAGUUACUCCAGCUAUUCGCCAAACUAUUUGCCUGAAAACGUACUCGUCGACUGUCCAAACGAUCAAACCUCUCGUUGGUCCGCCUAUACAAACAGCCCACCACAAUUUCUUACACUGAAACUCAAGCGUCCCGCCAUUGUGAAGAAGAUCAAAUUUGGUAAAUUUGAGAAAUCGCACGUCUGCAACAUUAAGAAAUUUCGUGUAUUUGGUGGAUUGGAAGAUGAUCACAUGGUGUUACUGCUAGAAGGUGGCCUUAAAAACGACAAUAUACCCGAAGUAUUUAAUCUGCGCUGCAUGACUGAGGAUGGUUCUGAGAAUCUGCCCAUACUUUAUCUGAAAAUAGUGCCAUUAUUGUCAUGGGGUCCUUCUUUCAACUUCAGCAUCUGGUAUAUUGAGCUGCAUGGUCAGGAUGAUCCUAUGUACACAUGUGCCCGGAUGAAGAGCUACAAUACAUUGCGAGAAACUGAGAUUAUUAAACUGUGCCUGAAACACUUUCGUCAGCAGGGAUAUAUGAAAGCCUUUGGCGCCUUGCAGGAGCAGACAAAUGUCCGACUGGAGCAUCCGCUUAUUAGCGAAUUGCAUAAAUAUUUGGUUGUGCAAGGACAUUUCGAGAGGGCGGAACUCUUCAUUGCUGAUUGCAUUGAGGAUGGCCUAAUGGAUGAGUAUUUGCACAAGCAAGACUACAAGCAUGCGUGGCAUAUGAAAUACACUGAAAGCGAGCUGAAACCCGGUAACCGUGGAGGUCAUCAGCUGGUUGUGGAUGCCAAAAAGCGUCUCAUAUAUUUAUAUGGUGGCUGGGAUGGAUACCAAGAUCUGAGCGACUUGUGGGCUUAUAACAUUGAACUAGACGAAUGGACGUUGCUCUGUGAGCGAUCUGAAUUGUCGAAUGGACCCUCGCCGCGUUCCUGUCACAAGAUGAUCUUUGAUCCGAUAAGCGAAAAUAUUUUCAUGCUGGGUCGUUACCUGGACAACUCGAUACGCACCAGUGAUUAUAUUAAGAGUGACUUUUACCUGUACGACACCCGGUCACGCAACUGGAUGCAAAUCUGUGAUGAUACUAGCCAAGUGGGUGGUCCACAUCUUGUCUAUGACCACCAGAUGUGUAUCGAUGCCGACAAGCGAACUGUUUAUGUUUUCGGUGGUAAAAUACUAACGCCACGCAGCGCGACAUCGUCGGUUGAGCCGGAAUAUUCUGGUCUGUUCUCGUAUCAUAUUGCUACAAACACCUGGACACAAAUACUUGUGGAUUGUCAUCAUGCCAGCGCCGCUCAGGCGGAUAUUAUGUCCAUUAAAUCUCGCAUAACUCACUGCAUGGUGUUUCAUAAUAAACAACGCAAGCUUUAUAUUUACGGUGGUCAGCGGGGCAAGGAAGAUCUCGAUGAGCUGCUAACCUAUGACGUGGAUACGCAGUCCAUUUCAGUGCUUAACAAAGAGCAUUCACAUCACGGCAACAUCAACACCUCGGAGGCCAAAUUUGAGCCAUCAUCGGGUUACACACUACGCGCUACGAUUGAUUGUGAUCGCGAUGAGAUUUACAUAUUCUCAAGCCUCAACAAGGUUAAAGAUCGACGUGAUGUACAUCCUGUAGAGCCCUCAAACUCCUUUUGGGUCUACUCACUGCGCACACACAGGUGGUCACGCAUCUAUUACUGCCGUCAUAGUGCUCAGGAUGUUAACUCCAUUAAUAAGGCUAAUGUUUUGGGUACUAACAAGAGUGAUGGCUCUUUGGAGCCAUGUCCACGAUAUGCACAUCAACUGGUCUACGAUGAGCUGGCCAAAACGCAUUAUCUUUUUGGUGGUAAUCCGGGCAUAUUUCAGUAUCAACAACUAAGACUGGAUGACUUUUGGCUGCUCCAUUUAGAAAAGCCUAAACGCGAGGAAAUAUUGAAGCAUUGUCGCUAUUUGAUACGCAAACUGCGCUAUGAAGAAAUGGUACGCAUAGAUCCAUUGAAAGCUUUGCAGUAUCUCAGGCAGCACAUAUCUGAAGUAAUAGAUCAUACCGAUGCAGAGCAACUAGACAAGUUUCAUAAGUUGGCUUCUUUGCUCUUCAAGUCUCAUGAGAUCUGUCAAGACUCUGCCCUGAGUCCAAAAGGUACGCCCAUGAUGUGUGCUGGAACUGAAGGAUAUGAAGCAUCGACUGAGGAGAUCUCAAAGGAUGAAUUGACAGAAGUAAUAGGACUGCCAUCAGCUGAAAAUGUAUCUAUGGAGUCAUCUGAAAGCCUUGCAACUUCCGGGAUAUCCGAGACUGCAUCUAGUCCUAGUAGCUCGUCGUGCACGAAACGCGCACGCACCGAGUCCACUUGUGAGCAACUGAAUCGUCGCGCUUUUCUUUUCAACAAAUUGGUGCAACUAAUGCCAGUAAGCAUGGUACAACCAGAGCGCAAUCUGAGCGAUUUUGUUGUUAUUUAAUUGUGCCAAAUAAAGUAUAUAUAUAGGCGAAACGACAUUAUAUCUAAGUUACUCAAUGUUUAUGUUAAUUAUUUUGAAAUGUUAUCUGAUUGAUGCACACGCUGAAUGUAAAUGUGAUACUCAAAUCGUCCUUAAUUUCGUUUUGGUUUUCCAAUGUUAAGUUUAUUGGCAGGUGCUAAUUAAAUUGAUUUAGAGGCAUCUGCAAUACAAAGCUAAUUUCAUUGUGAUAGUUAAUUUUUACAACAUGCAAGCGCUUAAGUCGAUAAACAUAAAUAUGUGAAAUUUUGUUAAAUUUAAAUUUUAGCUUAGAUGUAAAUAAGUUUGAAAUAAAGAAGUUUACACAUAA